GCCGAGUCCUGAGCAGGGCAGGGGCUGGCGGCCCUCCGUCUCUUCCGCCAAGAUGAGCUUCCUCUUCAGCAGCCAUUCUUCUAAAACAUUCAAACCAAAGAAGAAUAUCCCAGAAGGGUCCCAUCAGUAUGAGCUCCUGAAGCAUGCGGAAGCGACUCUAGAAAGGGGGAAUCUGAGACAAGCCGUUACGUCGCCAGAGGGAGAGGACCUCAAUGAGUGGAUUGCUGUUAACACUGUGGACUUCUUCAACCAGAUCAACAUGUUAUAUGGAACUAUUACAGAAUUCUGCACUGAAGCAAGCUGUCUAGUCAUGUCUGCUGGGCCAAGAUAUGAAUAUCGCUGGGCAGAUGAUACUAAUAUUAAAAAGCCAAUCAAAUGUUCUGCACCAAAGUACAUUGACUAUCUGAUGACUUGGGUUCAGGAUCAGUUUGAUGAUGAAACUCUUUUUCCUUCUAAGAUUGGUGUCCCAUUUCCCAAAAAUUUUAUGUCUGUGGCAAAGACCAUCCUGAAGUGCCUGUUCAGGGUUUAUGCCCAUAUGUAUCACCAGCUCUUUGAUUCCAUGAUGCAGCUCCAAGAGGAGGUCCAUCUCAACACCUCCUUUAAGCACUUUAUUUUCUUUGUUCAGGAGUUUAACCUGAUUGAUAGGCGUGAGUUGGCACCUCUUCAGGAAUUAAUUGAAAAGCUUGGAUCAAAAGACAGAUAAAUGCUUCUUACAAACCGCAACUACCUUCUUGCUUCAUCUACUGCUAGAGCUGUCUCCAUGCUAUCUGUUAUAGACUAGUGAUACAAACUUUGAGAGAACAGGAUAAAAAGUUUCUUGUUAUCUGUAUGUCUACAGAUAAAAUUGUCCCAAAGGCAGGUUUGCCUUAUAGCUUCAGAGUGCUACCCUAAGGACACAGCAAAAUUUGAGGUACCAUCUGAUGACCUUUAUGUUCCUGUCACAGAAUCAUAUUUGGUUGUAAUUUGUGGUGACUGAUCUGUAGUUUAUUGGUUUACUUACUACUUCAUUCAGGAAAAUGAUUGAGUCUUAUUUCAGGUGAUAGCAUAAUAGAUACCAGUAAUGUAUUAGUAAGUUUCCAAAAACAAAUUUUCUAAUAGCACAAUCAGAUUGAUUUUAACAUGCUUUUAGUUUUUUUAAUAGAUAUUUUUAAGUUUUUUUUUAAGAUCUAGAACAUUUGCAUCACUUUCAAUAAUCCUUCAGUUUCAAGUCUGUACUAGUAUUUUUGCAGAUAAGGCUAUAUAUGUAUAUUUCAAAAUCCAUGAUUGUGGUUUAAAUCAUCAUAUGGCAAAUAUAAAAUGAAAGUAAUCAGAAUUAUUUUAAAGUGAUUUUAUUUUUAAUUUUUUAUUUGGGAAUUUAUUCAUAUCUCUUUAAAUUAUUAGUAGUGUGUUUCAAUUUUUUACUGCUUCUAAUGGUAGCCCUGGAGGUUUUAUUUUGAAAUGCUUCACUCAGACAAAUGUGUAGCUUUUGUUUGAGAAAAAGAACUAGAAAAUUAUGGCAAGCUUAGAUGUCUCAAAGCUAUUAUUUUCAUUCACAUUUUUUAGAAACCUUGUCAUUCUAGGUAAGAGAAUAGACAUACUCAGUGCUUGAUGGCCUCAUUUCCAUUUUUUUUCUUCAUUCUUUGUUUUUAUUGUGACUGUUAAGAAUAAUGUAGAAAUGCACAAACUUUAUCCCAAUAAGAUUUAAGGAAAGCCACAAUGAAAAACUUUGAAAAUGUGCACAUUUUGUAAGAGCUAGUGUGCAACUUUGUGUGUGUGUGUGUGUGUGU